AUGAAGCUGAAUCCAAUGAUUCAUCCCAUCACGAGAAUCACAGACGUGAACACGCUGUAUGACUACCUCGAAGAGGUGUUUAUUCCAGCGAUUUACAAGAAUUCCACUGACAUUCAAUUAGCAGAGAGCAUCUCUCCGCACUUAAGACCCAUUGACAUCGCCAACCGAUUGCUUGGGACUGUGCGAUUGCGACAGGUACGCGUCGACCUGACGGAAAACUGCCAGGUGCUACCACUUUUUGAGCAGUACACAGUUUCCUGCUACCCAAAUUAUUCACCAGGCACUGCCAGCAAGGUGGCUUUCGGACCACAACAAAGGUUCACACACUCUGCAGAUGGCAGUGGUAUUGGUUACGAAGGUUUGUUGGGUGCGUACGGGCCAGAUGGCUUCAUGCAACUCUUGGCUUCCAAUGGUACUCUGGCAUCUCAACAAAUUCAGCAGCUCCGCAUAGAUGGCUUCUUAGAUGCCGCCACUCGGGCCUUCUUUGCAGAGUUCAACAUUUGGAACUCCAAUGUUGGCUUGUAUGCUGUUGUGAAUUUCGCAGUCGAGUUUGGAGCUAGCGGUGGAACUGCACAGGAGAUCGAAAUUACGACCAUGACCGAGCGAGUGCUUACUGUGGGUGGCUUGGGCACUGGUAUGGAUUGGUUUGCAUUUGUGCUCCUUAUCCUGGUUAUGGUCUUUGUUGUUCAAUUUAUCAUAGAGGAAGUCGGGGAGCUGUAUCAGAGUUGGCGAACUUAUUUCUUCGAUGCCUGGAACCUACUGGACUGGGCCAAUAUGGUCUUGCUGCUCGUGGGCUUUACAAUGCGUAUGCUCCUAUUCUCAGAUGCUGCAAACGCAAAUGUGGGCAUAGAGCAGCUGACGAACAAGGAGUCUUUUCAAAAUAUCUCCGCACUGGCCAGCGCGGCCACGACAGUUCGAGUUCUCAAUGCUUUCAAUUGUGUUCUACUUUGGGGAAAGGUGACAAAGUACCUGCGGCACCUGCCACUAGUCAAGGGCUUGAUCCGUACUGUUUGGGAUGCCUUCGACCUGUUCUUGCCAUUCCUUAUCAUGUUUUGCGUCGGUAUGGUGGGCUUUGUGAUGGCCUUCAACGUAGGCUUUGGCGACAAAGUGUCGGAGCUGCGAAACUUUUCGGAAUCCGCCGUGUAUUUGUGCAGAGCUUUCUUGAAAGACGUCCAGCUGAUGCCGGUGUAUGACAUCACCCCACUCUUUGGGGCUGGUUUGAUCCUCCUAUUCUAUUUGAAUAUGAUAGCAGCUUGGAACUUAUAUCAUACCUCUUCCUGGGCGUGUGGCCCAUUCGCAAUUUUCAGCCGUGCUUCAGUGUGGACAUGGACUGUUUUCAUGUCACUGGAGCACUUGGCCCCCGACGUACUUGUGGAGAUCCUCUCCUACAUCACUCAUAAUUCUCAGGGUUUAAGCUCCUUUGGUGCUCUUUGCCAGAAGGUGAACGGCACGCUGAAUGAGGAGAGUGCUUGGCAGCACCUGUGCCAGAAGUAUUGGCACUCCAGCGAUGCACGACUCAAAGACUGGCCUAUGCUCUCUGCAAGAGGUCUCUACCGAGCACUGGAGCAGUGGAUGCCUAUGGAAGGUUUCUAUGUUCUCACCACGGCCUUUCCUUGGGGCUUACUGGCCUUGCUCCGAAUUGAAAGCGGUAAACUUUGUGCUCGAGUUGUCCGAUUUCUUCCUGACACGGAGAACUUUUCAGAGAUCGAGGUACCUUUGUUUGAGGUCAGCAUUCGCGAAGAGAAAGGUAACAUCAGGAGUAGCAUUAGUGCCCCCUGGUUGCAGCCAAACGUCGCCGCAACAGUGGCACCAAUCGAAUCUUCACAGCUCUUAGCUUCCACAGAGGAGUGCUUUUUUCAUGAGCCGCAAGAUUGGAGAGGUGGGCCUUUUCCAAGCCCGCCGUGCCUUUCGACUGGAGGCAACCUUGGCUAUCCCUAUGGCCUCCAAGACUAUAUCGACUCAGACAGCGAUCAGGAUGAGGUGGUCUUUCUCAGUGAGAAGUGGUCGCCCGGCCGACUGGGUGAGACAGAAGGCGAAGUCAAGCAACACACCAGCGCCAUGCUGCGAGACAUGCUGGGCUCUAGCAGGUCGAUCCCGUGUGACCUUGCACUGAUCAGAAGUCCGGAUGAGUUUAUGCCCGCCGACCCCUCUGUGCCACGAUUGCGGCCUGGGCUUUACGUCGGAGAUUACGCCCAUGCCCUCUAUGGCCAAUUUCGGGUUGAAGUCCUGCUUUUGGACUACGUAUCUCUGACACCAGAUGAGAUACGAGCUGAACUCCAGGAUCCCAGGCGUCUGUUUGGUCGACCAGGGGGUGGUCACCCACCACCAGCCCAACUGCAAGCCUUGGCUGAGAUGAACCAAACGAUCACUUUCAUGCGAGUCGUAAAGCAAUGCGGCGACCUCCACGUCCCCAUGGGUGCCACGACCUUCGUGGCGGUUUGUGCUGAUGUCAGCAGCGUGCUCACGCAGACACCAAAGCCGAGUCGGGUACAGAACAGACAGACAUGGUCAUGGGAAUCUGUUGCACGAUCCUGGCGUGGUUUCGGGACGUUGGCAACACCAGGCUUUGCUCGGCCGUCCUGGGCCACUGGAUGGUUGGUGCAGUUCGCCCAUGGCACCGGAGAUCGAUUUGGAUUUGUUUGGGAUCGAAACCAGGAUGCGGUGGUUCUAAAAUGGAUUGGGCUGCAAGACACGUGCCCAUUCCUACAAAGAAGCUGGCUGCCUGAGGAUGUUCGCUAAGAGCCAAAAA